AUGACUGGGUCACAAAAAUUGCCUCUGCUCUUUAUUGGAAAAUAUCUGAAACCAAGGUGUUUCAAAAAUGUUCAGAAGAUUCCUGCUGCAUAUUAUGCUAAUAAUAAGGCCUGGAUGACUGGCAACAUCUACGAAAAAUGGUUGAGAGAUUUAGAUAACCGUUUUUCAGCAGAGAAGCGCAAAGUUCUCCUAAUCGUGGACAAUUGUACUGCACACAUGGAAGUCACUGGGCUUCAGGCAAUCCGUGUGGAAUAUCUCCCACCAAAUGCAACUGCAGUUUUACAGCCAAUGGAUCAGGGGAUAAUCAAUAGUUUCAAGCGAAAAUAUAAGACAGUGCUCUUGCAAAGAGUAAUCCUUGGCUUGGAAAGGGAACAACCUUAUCAGAUUGAUAUUCUUGGUGCAAUGCAUUUAUCAAUCAGUGCAUGGAAUGAUGUUUUAGAUGAAACAAUUUCUAAAGCCUUUCGACAUGCAGGUUUUAUUAAAGAAACAGACGUAACUGAAGAAAUCCAUGACAAUAGAUCUCACGACGAAGAUGAGGUUCUCAUGCAUGAACUUCGCCGUAGAAAUCCACAGUUGCCAGAACUUUCAUUCGAGGAUUUUUUAAAUGUGGAUUCUAAUGUCAUCUGCACGGAGGAAAUAUCGGAUCACGAUAUUAUUAGCAGCAUAAUCAACGAGAAUGAGAGACUUUCAGAUCCAGAAGAAGAAGAAGAAGAAGAAAAUGAAGUAACACCAAGACCGACUUUAAAACAAGCUGCUGAAUACUUGUCAGAACUUAGACGAUUUUUUGAGGCCAGUGAUAAUUGUGAAAUGCUAACAAAUAUAGAGAAGAUGGAGUCUUGCAUUGUACAAUCUGUUGUUUUAAAACAGACAAAGAUAAGUGAUUAUUUUGUUGCUCAAUGA